AAAGCAUUUCAAAAAAAGACUUGAUGAUAUCUUACCUGAAAACCAAAGAAAUGAUAAGAGAGCCUAUGAUUUAGCAAGUGAAAAGAUUUAUGAUAAAAUGCUACAGUAUCUUUCAGAAGAUAAAAUUAAGCGAGUUAAAACUUAUAGUGCAAAUAAACUCUCGAAGUUAACUGACGUGCAAAUCGAUACAAUUAAGAAGCAUUUCAUUGCUAUACCGCAUGACCUAAAGUCACACACUCAUAUAACUGAGGUAAGUACACCUAUAGUAUCUCAUCUCAAAGAGGCUUCAUUGGAAACGGUAUCAGCAAAUAAUAUCUCUCGAGAAACUAAGAUCCCAUCCACACCUCAGCAUGCUAAUUUAAUUGAUUUACCAAGUUUUCAGACAGAAAAAAUUCGUUCUAGAUUAUAUAGAGCAUACACGGAAGAGACUGGACUCGAUCCUUGGAUAAAGUCUGAAGCUUCUGAAUCCUCACAAAGCGAAAAUGCUGAUAAUCAUAUCAUACAAGACAGUUCGUUGGAAACUCAGGUAAUGGCGCCAAACAAAAAUCACCUUUAUCAGUAUGCCAUCAAACAUGGAAUAAAUCCCAAAGAAUUUUCAAUCAUUACAGAGGCUGAGAAAAAUAGGUGGACCAUGGGGUGUUUUCGUGGGAAUUUGGAAAGAGAUAUACGUUUAUAUCAUGGCGCAAUAGAAAGAAAAGAAGAUCCUAGAAAAUAUCGUAGAUUUUUAACAGAUCGUGAUAGGCUGAUUGGUGAAGAGUUAUUAC